AAAGGCUGUCAAAAUCUCAAAGCGUUAUAUAUAUAUAUAUAGUCUCUCCCCAAUACUGCAACCUAUUUUAUUAUGUAUAGAGUGUGUAUCCAAAGAAAGGCGCAAGAAAAGCCAAAAAUGAAGGCUGCAGCUUUUGUGCUACUCUCCCUCCUCCUCCUUCUUCCUCCUCUUCUAAUUUCUUCUACUUUUUUGAAGAGCUUUGUUUCUUCAGUGGUGUUAAUUAUACUGGUUCUUGGUUUUGGAGUUUUUUAUAUAUUUAAUAUUCUGUGGUUAAAGUCAGCUCAAAGACUUCGAUGGAAGCUUCAGAAACAAGGAAUUAAUGGACCUAAACCAUCUCUUUUAUAUGGAAAUGUUCCUGAAAUGCAGAAGAUUCAAGCUGCUUCUCUUAAAGCUCCAGCCAACUAUGAUGAAUUUGUGGCACAUGAUUAUACCUCUUCUCUCUUCCCCUACUUUGAACAAUGGCGAAAACUCUACGGUCCUAUAUAUACAUAUACAACAGGAAACAAGCAACAUUUGUACGUGAACCAACCGGAGCUAGUAAAAGAAAUGAACCAAAGUAAAAGCCUGGAUUUAGGGAAGCCUUCUUAUGUCACCAAAAGACUUGCCCCUAUGCUUGGUAAUGGUAUUUUGAGGUCUAAUGGCCACAUUUGGGCCAUGCAGAGGAAAAUUGUAGCGCCCGAAUUCUUCAUGGACAAGGUCAAGGGGAUGGUGAGCCUGAUGUUGCAAUCAGCUGAGCUUUUGACAAGAAAAUGGGAUGAAAACAUUGAAGCGGAAGGGAGUAAAAUGGCGGAAAUCAGCGUGGGAGAGGAUCUGAGAAGUUAUACUGAGAAGUUUUUCAGCAGNUUUAAGAUUUUCGUAUGUCUUAAACGAGUUUGUGUUUUUCUAAAACGUCAAAUAUUUGGGAUUUGGACUAUGUUAUAGGUUUCUACCAAGUAGGCGGCAAAAGGGAUUGAGAACUUAGAGAAAGAGAUAGAGUCAUUGAUAUGGGAAGCAGUGAAAGAAAGAAAAAGGGAAUUCUUAGAGACAUUGUCAAAUGAGAAAGACUUGUUGCAUUCGAUACUCGAGGGAGCUAUCAACGACGAUAGUGUAGGCGAGAAUUCGUCCAGGAAAUUCAUAGUUGACAAUUGCAAGAACAUAUACUUUGCAGGUCAUGAGUCCACUGCUGUUGCUGCAUCAUGGUGUCUCAUGCUUCUGGCUUUGCAUCCAGAAUGGCAAUCUCGUAUACGUGACGAAAUGGCUCAAAUUUGCCCCGAUGGCGUCCUAGAUGCAGAGUCAGUCUCCAAAAUGAAAAUGGUGACAAUGGUUAUUCAAGAAGCGAUGCGUUUGUAUCCGCCAGCAGCAUUUGUGUCAAGGGAGGCAUUGGAAGAUACACAGAUUGGUCGCAUUGUAGUGCCAAAAGGUGUAUGCUUGUGGACUUUGAUCCCAACACUGCAUCGUGACCCUGAGAUAUGGGGACGAGACGCCAAUGAAUUUAAGCCAGAGAGAUUUGAGAAUGGAGUUUCGGGUGCUUGUAAAUCGCCACAAGUUUAUAUCCCAUUUGGACUAGGUCCUCGCCUCUGCUUAGGUAAGAAUUUUGCGAUGGUGGAACUCAAGAUUGUGAUUUCACUUAUCAUUUCCAAGUUUCGCUUCUCCCUUUCUCCAAAAUACAAGCACUCGCCAGCUUAUAGGAUGAUUGUAGAACCAGGCCAAGGAGUGCACAUUGUUGUUGAGAGAUUGAAACAAGGCUGACAAUGGUUUAUAUGCUUUAGCAUCAGCACACUCUUGCUCUUAUUUCCCCCUUCUUUUUAUUCCUUUCAGCUAGUGUUAAAGUGUAAAUGUCGAUGCAUAAAUGAUUACAUAGUUGUGUGAUA